GCUGAUAGAAUUUUUAUAAUAUCAUUCUUAACAUUUGCACAAGUGUUAAAUGACAAUAUACGAUUUAGCGAAUACUACACGUGUGGGUUUGUUUGGUACACUGGUUUUGUUUGGUAGAAAAUGUAGCGGCGGUAUUUAAGUAAGAUGUCAAGUUAUUGAAAGUCAGUUUUUAUCGUUCAGUCGUAGCGAGGUAAAUAAAUAGCACGAUGUCACGUCUCUGCCUGUUCGUAUUUUUCCUCGGCAUUGCUAUUCAAUUCGGUGAUUGCGAAAAUAGCGGAAAUAAUAUAGAUUGCACACCGAGCAAACCUGGUUCCGACAAAACUCAUCUAUCAUUUCUUGAAAAGGAAGUGAUAAAGUUUGAGAAAAAGGUGCAAUCACUCAUACAUGAUGGUGGAACCUUUAGCCAUUUUCUCGAAAAACUUUACGAUUAUAUAUUAAAGCACAAUCUCACAGAGCACAUCUCUACUAUUUUUCCAGGGACACUCUGGUGUGGUGGUGGAGAUAUCGCCAAAAGUAAGUCUGAUCUCGGCCUAUUCAACGAUACGGAUGCUUGUUGCAGAGCACAUGAUAAUUGCAAGUACGAUAUCGAGAGUGAUAAUACGAUGGGCAAUCUCGAUAACAAUGGUCUUUUCACGAGAUCAGCUUGCUCUUGCGAUCAUCAGUUCUACAACUGUCUGAAGAAAGUUUCUUCUCUAAUUUCUGAGGCAAUUGGAGAAACGUAUUUCAAUAUCUUAAAACCGCAGUGUUUCCAAUGUGCAUGCCCAUCAAACGGUUGCCAGAUUAACGAAAAUGAUGAUUAUUGCAAUGGUCAAUGCACGAAAUACAAAUGGGUUAACAACAAAAAGUUUUAGUUACUUACUUAUAACAGAAGAUUCUUGGCUAAACAAAAAAAGAUUCUGCAUAUUUAUAAUCAUGCACAGGAGAUUUUUGAAAAUGUAAUCUUUGCACUUUAACAGUUAAUUCUAACAAACUGUUAAAACUGAUUAAAACAGAUAUUCAUUUAACAACUUAUAAAUU